CUUAUAUGUGAUUCAGCUAUGCACCCUGACGGACGUGUCAUUUAUCCUUUUGUGCUUUAGUUAAAAAAAGAAAAAAGAAGAAAAAAACAUAUGGACUUUGCAUUGAGGAUUCACGCCGUUUUAUAGUCUUUUAGUAUUUUUUUUGUUUUAGGUUUAAUCAUGUUGAAGAAUAAUGCAAAGAAGACAGCUAUCACUGUAGUCAGCACAGCAUGUCUCUGCCUGUUGCUGCUCCUGGUUGCUGUGCAGCAUCACCGCGUUCAGGUGGAUGAGGAGACGAACGGAGAGGAAGCCGGGACGCGCUCUCUCCUCCAAGAGGUACAGGAGGAGCAGGAGGACGCGCAACUCGGCAGCGCGCCGGUCAAGAGCGGAUUCUCAGCGUACUUCACCAAACUGACCCGGGGACGGAGGGAAGUGGAGAAACCCGCACGCUCCUCUGCGCCCGCAGCCGACCCGCCUCCAGCUGAGGACAUCAGCGCCGAUGACAUCUUCAUCGCUGUGAAGACCACGAAGAAGUUCCAUCAGUCCAGGUUGAAUCUGCUUCUGGACACCUGGAUCUCAAGAAACAUGCAGCAGACCUACAUCUUUACGGACGGAGAAGAUGAGGAGCUAAAAAAGAAAAUUGGGAACCAUGCAAUCAACACAAACUGCUCUGCAGCUCAUAGCCGACAAGCUCUGUCUUGCAAAAUGGCAGUGGAAUAUGACAAGUUUAUAGAGUCUGGGAAAAAGUGGUUCUGUCAUGUGGAUGAUGAUAACUACGUGAAUGUUCGGACUCUGGUGAAGUUCCUAUCCCAGUACCCCCACACCCAGGACAUGUACCUCGGUAAACCCAGUCUGGACCGGCCCAUAGAGGCCACAGAGAGACUGGGGGACAAUAAGAUGAAACCAGUCAACUUCUGGUUUGCCACUGGAGGAGCAGGUUUCUGUGUGAGCCGGGGUCUGGCACUGAAGAUGAGCCCAUGGGCCAGUGGUGGUCACUUCAUGAAUACGGCGGAGAAGAUUCGCCUGCCUGACGAUUGCACCAUCGGCUACAUCAUCGAGUCGGUUCUGGGGGUUCCUCUGACCCGCAGCAACCUGUUUCACUCCCACCUGGAGAACCUGCAACUAGUAUCAAGAUCUGAAAUACACAAACAGAUCACCCUCAGUUAUGGGAUGUUUGAAAACAAGAGCAACAUCAUCAAUUUGAAAGGGGCUUUUCCCGUGGAGGAGGAUCCAUCAAGGUUCAAGUCUGUGCACUGUCUCCUGUAUCCAGACACCCCAUGGUGUCCACCUCAGGUUGCCUUUUAGGGUGACCGCUCCUUUCUCAUCCUCGUCCCCAUCGUGCCUCGGUAUCUGAAAGGCUCGUGGGGACCAGUGUUUGGUAUUAGACCGUGCGGCUGCUGUAUUCUUGCUGCAGUUGUGUGCGGUCUUUAAUGGUUUUACUGGGCUGCUGUGCGGCCCGCCUCUGGACUAUUCUUUCCUGUCUGGAGCCAGGACCUCGUCCCACAAUGUUCGGGUGGAGGACACCAGCUCUCGGGCAGGAAGUAGCUUUCAGCAUUAAGCUUUGCAGGCAAUCAGUUGAGCUUUGUGAUGUAUAUGUUGCUUGUAAAUGUAUCUGCAAUUCUCAUAGAAUGUAUUGUCAUAUAUUCAAGCCUUUUUGCCAGCCUCACAUUAACAUUUACUUUUUUUUAGGCUUUUAUCAUAUAAUUGGCUUUUUCAGGCAUUUUUGUUUAGAUCUUUUAACUCUGAUGGCUCCGGACAAACACUCUAAUAUGAAGAUAUUGUUGUGCUUUUAAGUUAACAGUGUUAUUUCUCCCACAACUUGAGCUGGCAGUAGGCGGAUUUCCAAAUUUUUUAGGUGACCUAAUCUGAAGUAUAUCAGGACAAAGCACUUUUUGAUAGAUUUUUUUUUUGGUGAACUGAUCUAAUUUACGUCCUUUAAUGACAUGCUUCAGAUUUGUGUCCAAACCAACGAAAAAAAAAAAGAAAGAAAGAAAUUAACCCCUCAAAAUCUCAACAUCUAUUCAUUCUUAUGUAUUUAAUAACACUCCUUGCAUUUGUUACAAUCAGGGAAAAACAAUGAGUGGAAGAGAUUUUGAUUUGUGGGGUUACAAUCAGCUUUUAAGUUGCUUUGAAAAGUUUUUUUUUUUUUGUGUCAUUUAAAUAUUGCACAGCUGAGUUUCAAAAGAACUGAUAUUUGCUCCUGGAAAGACGCUCACCUCAUGAGGUUCAACGGUGGAGAAUAAGUGACUUUUAGCUUGGACGAAAAGCCAUUUUUUAAAGAGAUCAAUUUGAAUCUAUGGCGUAUAAAUAAUUUGAGCCGCAGUCUAUAAUAGUUUGCACAAAAGACUGAUGUGCCUGUGAUGUGAGAUCUUAACAGGAGCAACAUCAGUGUUUCCACAUGGAGGUGUUUUUCCCUCUGUGUAUCUCUCACCCAUAUUGGGUUACAUUGUACAUCUUGAUUACAGUAUUGUGUACUGUGCCUAUGUUUAAAUUCGUAGUGAUUGUAUAAUGUUUAGAAUGUAAUUUCCCCUUUGUGGUUUACAUACGCUUUUAAUGACCUGGACAUGAUUUUUGUACUGCUUUGAACUGUGUUAAAUGACUGUGGUGUUUAUUCUCCAGUAUCUGGAGGGUUUUGAACAGUUCAUUCCCAAUACUGUCUUCUCAGGGAUUAUGAGCUGAUUCUGGUAUUAACUACCAUGGGGACCCACGGUGGGACCUAAAACUUUGAAUAAAAGUGCAUAACCACUGAGAAACUUUA